UCGAGCUUCGUAAACAGUGCCGGCGAAAUUCGGCUCACUCGCAAAGUCAGUCAGAUACGCGCUCGGCAUGUCAGGUACUCCGCGAACAAGGUGCGUUCAAGUUUUCUCCGGGGUUCACCAGCAGUCGCUGACAGGGGGAGUCUCGGCGACCGGUUGGCGUGUUCAUUUUUGCGCGGAGCGUGGAGCAAACUGCUAAGUUUGCCUUCCGUGGAAAGGAGAACCCGGUUUCACGAACGCCAGACUCUGUCCAGGAGACGCAGCUACCCAGUAAUCCAAUGAAUAACCGGAAGGAAGACAUGGAGAUCACGUCGCACUACCGGCAGCUCCUACGCGAGCUGAACGAACAGCGGCAGCACGGCAUCCUGUGCGACGUGUGCGUCAUCGUGGAGGGCAAGAUCUUCAAGGCGCACAAGAACGUGCUGCUGGGCAGCAGCCGCUACUUCAAGACGCUGUACUGCCAGGUGAAGAAGGGCACAGAGCAGCAGGCCACCAUCACGCACCUGGACAUCGUCACCGCGCAGGGCUUCAAGAUCAUCCUGGACUUCAUGUACUCCGCCCACUUGGCACUCACCAGCAAGAACGUCAUCGAGGUGAUGUCUGCCGCCAGCUACCUGCAGAUGACUGACAUCGUACAGGCGUGCCACGGCUUCAUCAAGGCAGCGCUGGACAUCAGCAUCCGCUCGGAGCUAGCCGAAGAGCUGGCCGACAUGGAGAUGGGCAGCGUGGUGGGGUCAGCGAGAGGCGGCCCAGGCCCAGGGGGCGGGGCUGCCUCAGAGGCGCUGGCAUCCAUGAUUUCGGUGCGCAGCUCCUCGCCGUGGCUGGCCCGCCGCACCAGCCCGGCCAACUCGUCUGGCGACUCGGCCAUUGCCAGUUGCCACGAGGGCGGCAGCACCUACGGCAAAGAGGACCAAGAACCCAAAAGUCACGAGAGCCAGGAGGACGCAUGCUCCCAACCCCUCUGGCCAGCCGACUACCGCUCAGUUCAGGUCAAAGAGGAGCAGGUCUCCCCAUCCAACGUUCCAGACGGCUCGGGGGCCGGCCGGGGGGUGCAGGGAACAACGCCCGGGGAGCAGGGGAACGGAGGGGACGGCAGCUGGCAGCCGCCCGGCUCAGGGCGCCGGAAGAAUCGGAAAAACAAGGACACGGUCAGGCACAUCACUCAGCAGAGUGACGGCGGCAGCCGUGGAGGCUCCCCGCUGCCUGCUGUGCUUUCUACAGCCAGCUGGAGCUACAGCAGCCAGGACAUUCCAGGAGCAGACGAAGCCGAGCCCAGUUCUGACAGCCGCGGAGACUUCUUUGUGAAGCAGGAGGAGGCACUGGCUGAGGAGACGAGCUUUCUGGGCUCCUCAUUGGCCAGUGAAAGGGAGGAGGCCGUGGGCCGGGGCCAGGAGCGAGGGGGGUCUGUGGCCAACCUCCGGGCGGCGCUAAUGAGCAAGAACAGCCUGUUGUCUCUGGGAGCGGAGAUGCUGAGCGAGGACAACCCCCUGCUGUUUGACUACCUGCCCAAGGGAGGACACUCGCUCUCCUUAAACGACUUCACGGUUAUCAGGAAGAAGUUCAAGUGUCCGUACUGCAGUUUUUCUGCCAUGCACCAGUGCAUUUUGAAAAGACACAUGCGCUCACACACAGGCGAGAGGCCCUACCCCUGCGAGAUCUGCGGGAAGAAGUUCACCCGGCGCGAGCACAUGAAGAGGCACACACUGGUGCACAGCAAAGACAAGAAGUACGUUUGCAAGGUGUGCAGUCGCGUGUUCAUGUCGGCCGCCAGCGUGGGCAUCAAGCACGGAUCGCGGCGCCACGGCGUGUGUGCAGACUGCUCCGGCCGCGGCAUGGCCGCCCUGCUGGACCACAGCGCCGAGGAAGGCGCCUCCCCCGAAGAGGAACUCCUCUACCCCGGCGACCACCGCUUCCCCGGCGACCACCGCUUCCCGGACGACGGCGCCGACGGCGACGAGGAGAUGAUGGCGGAGGCGGAGCUGAUGGGCGAGGGCGAGGAAGAGGGCAGCAAGUGGCCGGCAGACUCAGGGAUGUCGCAGCGCGACGACGGGGCCACGGACGAUGGGAAGGAGGAGAGCGACUCGGCCCAGGAGGGUGAAGCCCCGCCGGGCAGCGAGAAAGACUUUGCCUGGAUCUCCUAGUCCCGCGCUGGGGCGGCCCGGUCCGUUGCGAAGCGCCUGUUUCUCUUCUGACGGGUGUGUGCCUGAGCAGAAUACCCGAGUCAGAUCUCUGUGUGGAUGGAGCCACACACGCGCACACACAGAUCGCAGAGAUGGAGGCAGGGCUGUCAGUGGAGAGUUCUUCUCUCCGUGACCCCACGUCUGUCUGAGCCGGUCUUUGCAUCGUCUCCUUCUUUCUUCCCUCGUAAGGACAAGGGUUUGAGCAUUGGUGUUUUAUAUUUUUUUUUUCUGACCAGAGAGAUUCAAAGUGUCUUAAAUGUUGCUGUUUAAUCGGUAGAAUGCGCUGACGGGUCAGAGAAAGGAAGCAUAUGACCAUGUGGUCUGGCCAUGCAGACACCAGCGGGUGCUGUCUUAUCUAUUGCAAAGCUGUAUAUGUCAAAGACUUUCAGCAGUUUUUAGCACAUUGUUUUCUGCAAAGGAAAAACUGCCACAGACUUGCACUUUAAACAAACAUUUACUAGAUUCCUAUCAACUCCUUGUUUCUGUGGUUUACAUUUUUAUUCCAAUUUACAUAGACAAAUAUGGUGACCGCACCUACCUUUAAAUAUGUGUGUCCUCAUGACUGUUAUAUAUGAAUAUUUGUGCAGAGUUUGCUGAUUAUUAUGUAUGCCUUUUAACAGUUUCUUCCUCAGCCACUUAGGUUUUCCUAAACAUUGUAGAUGUAAGAACAUGAACACUUAAUGAUUUUGUGUUUGUGAGAGACAUGGAAGAGAGAGAGAGAACACUAUGCAGAAAUUAAUCUUUCUAGUUCUCAACAAUGUUCUUCUGUAUUAAAAGGGGAGACACACGUCUUUUACAGAGAAAAUGAGAAAGUAAGAGAGAGCCAGGGAUACUGUAGGAUAGAGGUUAUGGUAUAUAUUCAGAUUUAUGGGAAUAUUACUUUUGCCCCUCUGUAAUAUUCCCGUAUAGCUUGCAUUCCACAUCUCAUUGUCAGGGGAAAGGCUUAAUUUAUAAAGGGAAUACCCAGUGAAAGGUGUGUGCGUGUGUUUGUGCGUGUGUGUGUGCGUGUGUGUGCGUGUGUGCGUGUGUGUGCGUGUGUGUGUGUGUGUGUGUGCGCGUGUGUGGGUGGGUGUGCGCGUAUGCAAGCGUGACCUGUUUGCAUGUAGAACCCAGAGGUAGUUGCUUUGUUGAAGGCAAGACAAUAUGAAACCAAGGACUCAUCAGAAGCUUUGACUGCUGUAAUCUUUCUAAGAUAUUUCUAAGAUCGCUCUUUCUCUCACUCUCUCAUUUAGUGUAUUUUGGAGUUCCUUAGAGUCCUUAGAUGUGUGUUGUACUGAAUUCACUCUCUGCCCCUGAAAUCUUGAAACCUAAUCUGACAGGGAAAAAUCAUGCCUUCCCCAAAACAUAUCUGAUAUUCUUUUUUUUUCUUUUUUUUUUUUGGCAUCUGGAGUCAGAGACAUAUAUGCAUCAAAUGUUUUAUUUAAUGGACCACACCAGAUGUUUGAUCUUCUGUAUAAACUUUCUCUUUUUCUUUUCUUUUAAAACUGCUUUUCUCCUACUCUUGUUGCUAUUUAGUUUGUUAAAAAUGGAAAAGUGUAAAAGGUUUGUGUUGGAAGUCCACCGAGUCUGGCGCAUGCUGUAAAGUGAAGUCCGUCAGUUUCUUUCGUUUGGUAGGUUAUUUAUUAAGUCUUUUGUGCAAGACUAGUCUAUUUAGAUAUACCCUCCCUUCUGCUUUAGUCUAUCUAUGGGGGCACAAACAGUGAAAAUAUUUGUGUGGGGGUGUGCGUGUGUGUGCGCGUGUGUGUGUGUGUGUGUGUGUGUGUGUGUGUGAGAGAGAGAGAGAGAG